AUGGCCAACACCACUGGAGAGCCCGAGGAGGUGAGCGGUGCUCUGUCCCCACCAUCAGCAUCGGCGUAUGUCAAGCUGGUGCUGCUGGGACUGAUCAUGUGCGUGAGCCUGGCGGGCAACGCCAUCUUGUCCCUGCUGGUGCUCAAGGAGCGUGCCCUGCACAAGGCUCCUUACUACUUUCUCCUGGACCUGUGCCUGGCCGACGGCAUCCGCUCUGCCGUCUGCUUUCCCUUUGUGCUGGCUUCUGUGCGCCACGGCUCCUCGUGGACCUUCAGUGCGCUCAGCUGCAAGAUUGUGGCCUUUAUGGCUGUGCUCUUUUGCUUCCAUGCGGCCUUCAUGCUGUUCUGCAUCAGCGUCACCCGCUACAUGGCCAUCGCCCACCACCGCUUCUAUGCCAAACGCAUGACACUCUGGACAUGUGCAGCCGUCAUCUGCAUGGCCUGGACCCUGUCUGUGGCCAUGGCCUUCCCACCCGUCUUCGACGUGGGCACCUACAAGUUUAUCCGUGAGGAGGACCAGUGCAUCUUUGAGCAUCGUUAUUUCAAGGCCAAUGACACGCUGGGUUUCAUGCUUAUGUUGGCUGUGCUCAUGGCAGCCACACAUGCUGUCUAUGGCAAACUGCUCCUCUUUGAGUACCGUCACCGCAAGAUGAAGCCAGUGCAGAUGGUGCCAGCCAUUAGCCAGAACUGGACAUUCCAUGGCCCUGGGGCCACCGGCCAGGCUGCUGCCAACUGGAUCGCUGGCUUUGGCCGUGGGCCCAUGCCACCAACCCUGCUGGGUAUCCGGCAGAACGGGCAUGCAGCCAGCCGGCGGCUGCUGGGCAUGGACGAGGUCAAGGGUGAAAAGCAGCUGGGCCGCAUGUUCUACGCGAUCACACUGCUCUUCCUGCUCCUCUGGUCACCUUACAUCGUGGCCUGCUACUGGCGAGUGUUCGUUAAAGCCUGCGCUGUGCCCCACCGUUACCUGGCCACUGCUGUUUGGAUGAGCUUCGCCCAGGCUGCCGUCAACCCGAUCGUCUGCUUCCUGCUCAACAAGGACCUCAAGAAGUGCCUGAGGACUCACGCCCCCUGCUGGGGCACAGGAGGUGCCCCGGCUCCCAGAGAACCCUACUGUGUCAUGUGAAGCAGGCCGAUAGGCAGACAGACAGGGAGAAGGUCAUGGCCACCAUGAUGGGGCUAACAGAAAGGGAGGGGUAGGGCCCCAUACAGGAGCCUUUCUUUCUGAGCUCCAGCCCUAGCCUCUCAAACCACCCGGA